AUGGCCAUUCGCACGAAGUUCUACAUGCCCCAUGAAGGGCAUCCUUGCUGCCAUGGGAAGAUAAUCAUGGCUUGGCCGGGGCCUGACAACCCAAAUUACAAGAAAUGCCAGAUCGCUCGCAUGAGGAACGAACUCAUCGCAAUUGCGAAGGCAAUUUGCCAGUUUCAAACGGUAAUUCUCCUAGUUCAUUCCACCGAGGUACCGGACGCGAAACGAGCGUUCCAAGACUCGCCGACAUUGGUGAUCAGUCAAGGCACGGCCCGGUCGAGCCUGCACGGGGUCGACUUUAACUUCAAUGGCUGGGGCGGCCGAUAUCCCUCCACUAACAAUACACGUCUGGCGAAGGAGUUCCUAACGGAAAGGCACAUUCCCCGCGUGAAGACAUCAAUCGUUCUAGAAGGCGGCGCGUUGGAAACGGACGGAGAAGGAACCUUACUAGCGACAGAAAGCUCCAUUCAGAACCCUAACCGCAAUCCGAGCGUGAGCCGCGUUACGAUCGAACAAGAGCUUCAUAGGCUCUUAGGUGUAUCUAAGAUUAUUUGGCUGCCUGGCCUCAAGGGAUACGAGGUGACGGAUGGGCAUAUUGACAUCUGGGCCCGCUUUGUGGCUCCCGGUAAAGUCGUCCUGAAUAAGCCAAGUUCAGAUAACGAUGUGUUAAGAGCGGUCUAUGACACAAAUAAGCGGGUCCUAGGCCAGGCUGCAGAUGCUAACGGAAGGAACUUGGAACUAUUUGAGAUCCAAGAAGCUCGCAUGGAUGGACCUAUUCCCUCCGAUGCGGAUUUAUGCCUGAGCUACGUGAACUAUGUCCUCGUAAAGGGUGCAGUUAUUGCUUCACGGUUUGGAGAUGAGAAGGCUGAUACCAUGGCCUUACGCACACUUCAAAAGCUAUUUCCAAACCGAGAGGUGGUCCAGGUUUAUCUCGAAGAGAUCGCAUUGAAUGGCGGCGGCAUCCACUGUGUCACGCAACAGAUUCCUACCCCCUAA